AUGACCUUCAUUUGUCGUUCAACAGACCAUCCUAAUAUCAAGAUCGGGGUAAUAAAAAUUAAGUAUGCACUUAAUAGUUAUGCAGAUCUUGCAUUUUUGAUCCCAGGAGGUUGGAAUGCCAGGGAUCCGCCCCUGCAAAAGUUUCUCAUCUUUUUUGAUGACAUCCAGGAGGCCAUCAAUGCAGCACAGUACCUUCGCAAGCAUCUACUGGUCGAGUGCAGCAAUAAGAUCAAAUGGUUCAACUCUGAUAUGAUGAGUACUUACAAGGAAGUGGAGCUUGACAACCUCAUCUCAAGUGAAACAUGGGGACUCUGUACGACUGACUCAUUCAGGAUGGGCAUGGAUGUUCCUGAUAUUCAGCUUGUAAUACAGUGG